AACGAAAACAACAGAGAAACCCGAAUAACUUGGAUAUGUUUGGACAUGGAAGUUAUGAUUCAACUUUUAAAUGGGAAAUGUCAUAGUCCUGCAGAAAAUACUCUAUAACUUGUGAAAUGCAAUAGAUUUAUCUGACACAGGUUGUUUAAAGAGUACUGCAGUAUUCUUAUUGGUUGUUGUUAACUGCAAGAUAAAAGACAAUGGCGAGUUCACAAGAGUCUCUGUUUUCUUUGGAACUUGUGGUUGAAAAACUUUACUUGCCUUAUGUGACCUGUAGGUUUCCCGCUGUUGCAUUUAGACUACUUGAUUUUCCUACCAUACUUAUAAGCCAUGUGGAAAAAGAGCUAUCAGACAGCAUCAAGACUAAGAUUAACAGAGAUCCAUACUACAGAGUCCCAAACCAGUUCGCAGAAUUACAAGAUAAACAAGGUAAUUUCAUGUUGAAAAAAGGAAAAUCUUGUCUUUUUAAAAUAUCAUUAGACACACUUACUAUGCAUUUAUCAAAUACUCCAUUAUAUAUAAUGGUUAUUGAUGAGUACCCGGAUGUACCAAAAUUGCUAGGAAAUAGCUCUCUCGCAUUGAAUGAAGUUAUUGAUUUUAUUAAAACUGACAUAAGAAAGAAUGGGCAUACUGUACCUUCAGUACAUGGUGACAAAGGACUUUUCAAAAUCUACAGUCUGAUGGGGAAAGAGAUAGGCUACAUGAUCUUAGGAUUCAGGUUAUUAAGUUUAGGCCCCGGGUUAAUAGCACACUUACCGGCCACUGCUUUAGUUAAAAGAGCAUCUGAAAGGAAUAAAAGUGAAGUAAAACAAUCUGUGAUAGAUGAAAUAAUGGAAAUCAAAGAAGAAAAGGUAGUGCAAGCUGUUGCUAAACCUAUUCAAAGUCAAAAACCUGUCAAUAAGCAGAGAGAAAAUCUUAACAGCACUAGAGAAAUGGGUUCAAUGACAGAUGUGGAAAAGCGUGAUACAUUAAUGCAAACAGUUGAGAUGGAAAAUGAAAAAUUCCAUGUUGAAGUUUCAGCUAAGGUUGAAACAAAGUCAUCCAAAACAAUAGAAACACAAACUGAGAGGCGACAUAAAGUUCUACCUAAAAGGACGGAAGAAUUUCAGAUUCAAGCAGAGGAUAGUGAUGAAGAUGAUGGCAUUUUAAUCAACCCAAAUAUUAAUUGUCCUCCUCCACUAUUUUAUAAUAGUAAAGCUGAACCUGAUGUACAGAUAGAAAGAGAUGUAAAUGCUUACUUGGGCUACUCAAGCACAUUUGAUGAUGCUACAUUAGAAGAUUUAUCUGGUGAUGAACAUUUUGAAAAAGUUGAAUCAAAUGAAGCAAAAAUGAAAGAAAAAGAUGUUAUUCCUACAUCGAAUAUUGUUAAGGAAGCUCCUAAGCUAAAGGAUGCAAAGACUAUUGUAAUAAGCAAUAUUAAAGGUGCUGAUCAGUCAAGUCAACAAGGGAAUGUUCCAGGUUUGAAUUUACAAGCUCUGAAUAUGGCAGAACCAGUGUUUCCAUUACUAACUGCCCUAUUGACAGAGUUGUCUAAGAUACAGAAUCCUCAGUUUGUAAAUCAGGCCAUGCAACAAGUGAAUCAAGUGAGAAAUAUUGCUGAACCUGUCCAAAAAACAUCCCAAGCCCCAGUUAAAGUGUUAAAAAGUAAGUCAGAAGAAAAUAUCUAUGAUAUACCAGAGGUGGAUGAGAAUAUAUCCAAUGUUUCAAAUAAAAAGAAGGGAAAAAAAAUUAAGUCAGCUGCCCGUCCAUCAGAGAAUGUUACAAAAAACAAAGGUUGGAUAAGAAAAGCACCUGAAGCUGGCAUUAAGAAAACAAAACUGGUCUUUGGUUUAACUAAUACGCAAAGACUGAGGCUUGCCAAACAAAAUCCGACUUGGUUGCAAUCUGCUGAGCAAGAGGAGAAAGCUUCAAAAGCUCUAAAGCAGCAACAAAAAGUUGCUAAAACUCUGAAAGAACCAGACUUUGAAGGUGAUACAGGAAACUUAUCUGAUACAUAUACUGAAGUCAGGAGACUAGCAGCUGCUGAACUUGCUAAGGCAACACUAGGGAAGAGUCAGCUGAUGACAGAGGACUCAAGGGUGAAGAAGACGAAAAAGAAAUUGAGUAAAUCACGUGAUAACUCUCCAGUUAAAGGAAAGCAGUCAAGAAGUAAAUCACCAAAGGGCAGAAAGCCAAAGGACCUGAAGGGGACUGUACAAGUUCGAGAGGAUACUGAUAUUGAUAGUGAAGGUAGGGACCAAGCUGUGCAUCUUGAUUCUGAUGCUAGAGAAAUUGCCUCCCCAGAUAUGGCACCAGGUGACAAACUGGACUCUGCUGCUGAUAGUGUACCAAGUUCAAGAUUAGAGGUUCAUAUUCCAAGUGCCCGAGCCAAUGAGAGUGAUGAUGAUGAAAACACAUUUAGUGAUAGCUUUGAGGAAGAAACCGCCACAGAUAGAAAAGAGAAGAAAUACAUGUUCCCAGGGUUUAAUGAAGGGGAUGAGACCUUACCGGAAUCUAUUGCAAGAGAUGGUAAAUCUUCUAUGAAUACUACAAUUGAUGAUGACUCUCCAUUAGAGUCUACCAGAAUGUCAAAACAAUUUAAACGGGACCCAUACACCGGAGAGUCAUUAUUUAAAUCUACAGAAGAUUAUGACACGAAACAGUUCCAUUCAACCGAUGAACCCGAACUACAGAAACUGAUCAGCGAAGAUGAGAAAACAGACACUCUACCUACACCAGCUACAGAUAGAUCUGUGCGAUCACCAAGUCCUGCAUUAACUAACACUAACACAGGCUUACUUUCAAUGAAGUUUGAGGUAUUAAAUCCAAAGGCAUCAAAGCAGUCGCCUCUUCCUGCUGUUAGACGGUCACAGCAGCUUCGAGUCGACAGUAUGAAUGCUCGUCCCACUCCGACAGAUACUCCGAGGUCAAGGUCAUCACAAGGUAGCCCUAAAAAUCCAUCACCUCGACCAAGAAAGCAUUUGCGAGAAAGAAGACUUGAGUUCAAGAAGGAAUCAAUCCACACUGAAUCUGUUAGCUCGUAUGUGCCUUCAGAGUCAGAAAAUAUUUUGUCUUUAAUAAGUGAUGGCAGUUAUUCAGAUGACUUUCAUAUGAGUAGUGAAAAAGAUGAGAGUAGUAAGAUUUCCGUCCCAGAACUACCUCGAAUGAUACCCUCUACAAAAUUAGGGUUUACAAUCGCUUAAAGGCUGAGAUUUAUUAGAAAUUUACAUUGUAGAUGAGAUCAGAAAUUACUGGUUUUACUACAGGUUGGCUAUAUAUUUAAGGAGGAUGAUAGAACAGUGAAAACUUAACAUAUUGUUAGUUGCCAUAGCUAAAUGAAUUCUUUUGUUUUUAGUUUAAAAAAUGUACCUCUCAUCUUCAGCAUAUUUAUUUUAAGAUUAUUUUUGUUAUAAUAGACAAAUUGCUUGCCAAGUCUGAUAUAGGUUUUGCAGCUGUGUACAAGUCCAAUAGAAGUUAGUAUUGUUCUCAACAAUGUAUAAUGACCUCUUUAUUUCACACCACCAUCUUUUGACAUUUUACAGAACUUUGUUACUUCAUGGAUAAUAAGAAUAUUGGAUAUAAAUUUUUAGAAUGAAAAUAUGGAUAGAUGGAGUAUGAUAUAGAGGAUAUUUGUUUAGUUCAGUGUAAGAUCGGAAUAUAUUUCACCGAGUGAGCACCAAAAGAUAUAUUUUACAAGUGGCGCAGCCACGAGUGAAAUAUGAACUUUUGGUGUUCACAAGGUGAAAUAUAUUUCGAUCUUACACUGAACUAAACAAAUUUUCUUUUUAUUAUAUGCAAAGAAACGUUUUAAAAAGACAUUUAACCUAAUACUGAAUGAAAAGCGCGCCAAAUAAUAAUACGUGACGUCAUUUUCGACGUCACGUCAUUAAGUUGGUUCCCAGUACUGUGCACGCUGAAUAUUCACUGAAACAACGUAAGGGGCUUAAAUUCAAAACAGUGAAAUUAUCAAAUUGAUAAUUUCACUGUUUAAAACAGUGAAAUUACCAGUUUUAUAUCACUGAUAUAUUUCUAUAAACCACGGAAAAGCAUGUAAUAAAUGCAUUUGAUAGAUAUUUUGGACUCUUAAUAAAAAUGAAGCUAUAAUGGGUAUGUUAUGCAUUUUAUAUGGAUUUUUUGGACUGUAGAAAUGGAUACCAGGCUUUGGUUGGAUCCAGUCAUGAUUGAUAAUGGAAUAUCACUUGGUUUAUAUGGUUAUAUUUUAAGUUGUGAAAUAAUAAUUACAUAUCAGUUAGCUGAUAGAAAUAUAUCUCUUCAUGGAAACUUAAUAAAUAAUUGACUUUUGUCUCUAUUUCAUAUCUGUGAUAUUUGAAUGAUGUAUGAAAUUUCACUUGUACUAAUAUUAACCGAUAAGUUACGUGAAGAUACAUGUACAAAUAUUUCUUAACCGCUAAGUUUCCCGAAGAUACAAAUAUUUUUUCUCAUAGUAAUAUUAGUGAAUGAUUCGCAUUUGUAUACUCUUUAUUCCAAGUCUGUGAUAUUUGAAUGUUAUUUAUUGAAUUUGUUUGUACACGUUAAUGAACUUGUUCUCUAUAGUGAUGUAUUAAUACAUUGGUCUUGGUUUUUUUUAUGUAGAAAAUGUUACUGCAGGGCCUAAUUUUUGAUGUAGGAAACUUGAAAAUGUGAUAAUAAAGCUUUAAUCAUGUUUAUUAUAAACAAUUGAUAGG